UGCACCUUCUUCACACGAAAGGAGAUCCUUCGGUUGCAUGGCCGAUACCACGAAUUAGCACCAAACUUGGUACCGAUGGACUAUAAGAGAGAUCCGGGUGUGACAGUACCUAUGCAGCUUAUCAUAAAUAUGCCGGAGUUACAGGAGAAUCCCUUCAAGGAGCGGAUUGUCCAGUCUUUUUCAGAAGACGGGGAGGGGAACCUCAGCUUCAACGACUUUGUCGACAUGUUCUCUGUACUCAGCGAAACGGCUCCCCGGGAGCUGAAAGCAAUCUAUGCCUUUAAGAUCUACGAUUUCAACUCGGACAACUUCAUUUGUAAGUCGGACCUGGAACAAACCCUCAACAAGCUGACAAAAGAAGACCUGACGGAAGAAGAGGUGAUGCUGGUUUGCGAAAAAGUAAUCGAUGAGGCGGACAUGGAUGCCGAUGGGAAACUGGGGUUCACGGAUUUUGAGAACAUGAUUUCCAAAGCGCCGGAUUUCCUUAGCACCUUCCAUAUACGGAUCUGA